AUGGCCCCAGGUUACAUAUCUGGUUCAAAUAUCGUCAAUCUCUUCACAUGGAAAGUAUACCAUGUUGAUGAGUUUUAUCCUAUGCUUAACUACAUAUUUUAUGGGAAUAAAUUGUGGUACCCUCCUUCCAAUUCCACUAAUAGUGAAGUCUCUAUUGCCAUUUUGCUGUUUAUUGUGGGCUUCUACAUGGCAAGGAGAUCCAGGAAGAAAUAUGAUGCCAUUAUCGCAACAAUCGGUACAAGUGAAAUCUCAAUCACAGAAUCAUUACAAUAUAACCUCACUGAUAUUCAAGCUACCACGAACAACUUUGCCAUUGGAAACAAAAUUGGUGAAGGUGGAUUUGGUCCUGUAUACAAGGGUACACUUCAUAAUGGACAAGAAAUAGCUGUGAAAAGACUAUCAAGAAGCUCAGCGCAAGACCUAGAAAAGCAGCCAUUGUCAAAUUGGUCAAAACGAUACAAGGUCAUAGGAGGAAUAGCAAAGGGACUUCUUUAUCUUCAUGAAGAUUCACGACUUAGGAUUAUACAUUGCGAUCUUAAAGCCAGUAACGUAUUACUAGAUAGAAAUAUGAAUCCAAAGAUUGCUGAUUUUGGCUUGGCAAGGCUCUUUGAAGUUGAUAAAACUGAAGGAAACACAAGUAAAAUCGAAGGAUUCUAG